GUAGCGACACAGCCGAGCCCCAGCCACAAGUGCAAAGGGCUUCGAACGCAUACAUGCCGCGAACACCCUAACUGGCUUUCUUUCUCUUUCCAGCGCCAUCUGCCAUUGUCUCGCUGAGCGGUGGCGGUGAUGGACGUGAGAGCGUACAGAGCAGCGCACUCCACUGCGCGCGCCACCGAUCGCCCAGCAAGCCCGCCGCGAUCGGAGCGAGCAACGAGCUCGCGAUCGUCGCCGCCUCACCGCAGCGCCAGCAAGAGGCAAGAAGCGAGAGGCAAAAAGCCGAUCGCCGCGGCUCUGCUCCGCGCGCACGGAGUGGCGUCGGCGUUGGCGCGGGAGGCGGGGCGCGGCAGUGCGGCUGUCGGUGAGCAGCGGGCAGCAAGGCAGCACCAGCAGCGCAGAGCGACGACAAGCCGAAGCUUACUUACCGCGUACCUACGCGUGCUACGCAGACCACAGCCAGCAGCAGCAGCAGCAGCAGCAGUAGUAGUGCUUCUACCGCACCCGCACCCGCUCACGAGGCCAAGACCAUGUGCGCAAGCGAUAACUAUGUUCACGCCUCGAGACGUCGCGCGCCAGGAUAAGCUUAACCCCGCGUCUCACGACGUAUGCAGCAGCAUGACAUUGACAGGCAGCAUGAUCGCAUACUUAGUUACGUCGUACGUAUUGGCAAGGCGACGGCGUGCCUUGGCGCAGCACCCAUGCAGCGUGCAGCGGGAGCGGCGCAGUUAGCUUCGCCCUCCGCAUUUUGCAGUCUGUAACUACAUCCAUGGCUCGGUACGUACCGUACGUA